CUUUUGUCUUUUUUUCUUCUUAUUUGUUGAUUUUGUAAGUUUUAUUAUUCUACUGUUGUUCCUUUGAGGCGUAGUUGAUUGCUUGAUUGUUUAUGUUCAUUUGAAGGGUAAAGAUUUAAUUGUGUUGGCUUUUUUAAUGCAUUUAUUCUUGAUGAUAUAUAUGACUAAUAAAGAUAAAUACAAAAAUGAUAGCUAGAGGAAACUGUACAAAAAAUUGAGAUGAUAAAUUCAUCAAAGAGGGCACAUAGGAGUAGGGGAUUUAUGCAUAGGUUACUUGUAUUUAGUUUCAUUUUUUCACAGUGCAUAGAUGUAACUAGUGUUUUCUGUUGGAGGCUCUUUCUUUGUAGCAUUCUUCCUGGAGGGUGUUUGGGGAGAUGGGUGUUCUUUAGGUGUAUUACUUUUGUUUGGUAAUGGUACUGUUUAAAACAGAGUAGCAAGAAAAUAACACCCUAAAUUAGCUUUAUUCAUGCAAUUGUAUUGCAAAUUAAAAUACAUUAGGUUACUAUAUCUUCAGUUGUUAGAGUUACAUGAUUCUUUAAUGUCAGGACACUUGUUUUUCAAAUCCAGGCAGUGUUGACCUUUCUGGAGCUAUUAAUGUUUUCUUUUUGUUUUUUGAACGCCACAGCCAGUUUGUGUAAAAGGAGUAGGCUGGUAGUCACUAUUCACCAGUGUAAACAUACUCCCAAUCAGGAUAAGUAAUCCAUGUCUUGCCAGGUUUCAUAUAUCUGACCCCAAUCAGUUUGGGACGAGUACUAUCGGGGUUAUUGAUUAAUAGCUUCAUUCAUAUUAUCGUGCUUAUCCUCCCUUCCCAAUAUAAGAGUAUAGUGUUUUUUUUUCUGGAUACACGAUAGUGAUAUUUUGCUUAAAUGUAAUUGCUUUGGUACAUAGCUACUUUGUUGUAGCUAUGUAUGUGCACACAGGACCUGGUAAGACAUGGUGGGGAGCCAAAUGUGAAAUUCAUUCGGAGGAUCUCCAUAUUUUAAGUGUUUCUUUUGACGCAGGAACAUCUCCUAAGGAAAAAGAGCUUGUAUCAUGGCUCAACACUUGCAAAAACUUCUAUUGCAAGGCAACCUAUCUGUCUUCCUGUACUCCUCAAUGAUGGAAUCAUUCUGCAUCUCUUAGAUCAAUCUUCUGUCAUUCACUUACUUCAUUGCCCAUGUUGCCAUUUUUCAAGAAUGGUUGUGGUGGGAUCUAUCUGUUCUUCAUGCCAUGCCUACCACUAUUAAUAAGCGGAUCAAUGAAUUCUAUCAUGCCUUGCCUCCAUAUUCUGAAUCGUGCUGUGAAAUUGGUGAAGCAUGCUUAGCAAUGACUACUCAGGCUUGACUUCUUGGAUUUAAACCUUUAAUAAGACUUCAUCAUCAUCAUCAUGAUUUUGUUCAUGCAAGGCCUCUCUCUCUCCUUACUUUCAUCAGGUCUUCACAUACUUGCAGGCUUUGCGUUUGUCUACUUCGAGGAUGAGCGUGAUGCAGCUGAUGCCAUCCAUAGUCUUGAUAACAUGCCAUUUGGGUAUGACAAGCGCCGGUUAUCAGUGGAAUGGGCAAAGGGUGACCGUGGUCGACCUCGUGAUGAUUCCAAGGUUGCAGCAAACCAAAGACCAACAAGAUCUUUGUUUGUCAUUAACUUUGACCCUAUUCGCACUAGGGUGCGUGACAUAGAGAGACACUUUGAACCGUAUGGAAAGAUCCUUAAUGUUCGAAUACGCCGGAAUUUUGCGUUUGUGCAAUAUGAAAAUCAGGAAGAUGCCUCAAAAGCCUUGGAGUGUACACACAUGAGUGAGAUCCUCGACAGAGUUGUUUCUGUAGAGUAUGCUUUGAGGGAUGAUGGCGAGAGGGGUGACAGGUAUGAUAGCCCUAGAAGAGACUAUGGCAGGCAUGGUGAUAGUCCUUACCGAAGGUCACCGAGUCCUAUGUAUCACAGGGGUCGAUCUAAUCCUGAUUAUGGUCGUCCUCGUAGCCCCGCAUAUGAAAAAUACAAUGGUUCAUCAUAUGAUCGGUACAGGAGUACCGAGUAUGGAAGCUAUCGCAGCAGGUCUCCUGUUCGGAGGUAAAGAACUUGAAGCAGUACUUUAUCAGAUGAAGAUCACUACUCCUUUCUGGUAUCGUAAUAUAAAUAGAUGUUGUGCAUGAAUGUAAUGGAUUGCUGCUUAAACUUUAGAGAGUUUGGCAGUUCAAUUUGGGUGUUGAGAAACAUUUUCAUGGUGUUAUCCUUGGCUCUGCUUUUUUUUUUUAGAGCAGUUUGCACGUAUUCAUGACUGAAUGAAAAGGAACACAUGUAAGAAAGUACUUGUUAGCGUAUGACAUUCAGCACAAAUUGGGACGAUAUAGCAUUACGCUCCAAGUGA